ACCUCUGUCCCUUUCUCUUUCUCCUCCACUUAUUCGCAUUCUAUCUUCUUUAUAAGAGGACAGAGCUUCCCAUUUCUCUGUAUCACCAAAAACCCACUAAAAUGAAGGUUUCUUCCAUUGAUGACUCUAAGUUUUUCCAUAAAGGAGUCGGCAUCGCCUCCUCCACCGCCACCACCACUACCACCCAUCUCACUGUCAUGAAAACCUCUCUCUUCUUCGCCGGAGAUGGAUUUACCGUUUACGAUUGCUAUGGUAGACUCGUCUUUCGAGUCGAUUCAUACGGCCCUGAUUCUCGUUACAAAGAUGAGCUCGUUCUAAUGGACCCUCAUGGACGAUGCCUCUUCACCCUCCGCCGCAAGAGGCCGAGUUUGCAUCAACGGUGGGAAGGGUAUCUCCAUGAGAGAAUCAACGGUCAAAGACCGAUCUUCGGAGUGCGGCGGUCGUCGGUUAUAGGAAGGUCGAGUGUCACGGUGGAGAUGUACAGAAAUUCCAGCGAGGAGUAUCAAAUCGAGGGGUCUUUUGGGCAACGUUUAUGCAAAAUUUUGAACGCGAAGAAAGAGACAGUGGCUGAGAUUAAGAGGAAAGUUGAUGCUUCCACCAACGUGUUGCUUGGAAAAGAUGUUUUUUCUCUCUGUGUGAAGCCUGGUUUUAAUGGAGCUUUUGCCAUGGCCUUGGUGCUUGUUCUUGAUCGGAUCAACGGAGAUGAUGGGGUUUAUUCUAGCAGCGAACCAAAUCGAACCCUUAAUUGAUUUUGAGGCCUUUUUUUUUUCUUUUUCUUUUUGCUUUAAGGGGUUGCUUGUUUGUUUGUUUGUAUAAACUUCUUUUUUGUUUUGAAAUUUGAUAAAA